GUCAUAGUCCUCCCUGCUGAGCAACUGAUUUUCAAUGGUGCAUGGGACGACAAGAUCCACUUAAAACCGGAGCCCGAGUUGCUGAAGGCCGUUAUCGAGAAGCAUAGGCCGGAAGUUGGCCCAUACGUUGAGUUUUAUCGUUACGUUCAUCAGAAUCCAGAGAUAUCCAGCAAGGAAGCCAAAACCGCCGAGCUGGUAGCGUCACAUUUGGGGAAAUUAGGCUACAAAGUUUCCUCAGGGAUCGGUGGUCAUGGUGUUGUCGGGGUAAUGAAGAAUGGGCCAGGAAAGGUUGUUCUCAUGAGAGCCGAGCUCGACGCUCUCCCCAUUCUCGAACAGACCAACGUAUCCUACCGCAGCGAGCACCGAAUGAUCGAUCGAUACGGAAAUGAACGUCCUGUCAUGCAUGCAUGCGGCCACGACAUGAACAUGGCUGCUCUCCUGAUGGCAUCCUCGUUGCUUAAAAACGCCUUCCACUGGUGGAAAGGCACGUUAUUGGUGGUUUUCCAACCGGAUGAAGAAGAAACAGGAGGAGCGCAGGCCAUGGUUGACGAUGGUCUCUAUGAUAUUGUUCCAGUUCCGGAUCUUAUGCUCGGUCAACAUGUCGUGGCUGACAGCAAAGCCGGCACGAUAGCCAUACGUUCCGGACCAGUGCUUGUGGCGGCCGAUUCCCUCCAGGCAAGGGUCUUCGGCGGGCCGUGUGGUGGAGCUAACCCCCAGAGAUGCGUGGAUCCAAUUCCACUCUCAAUGCAAAUUGUGUUGGGGCUUCAAGAUGCCAUCACACAGGAGCUAGGGCAACACGAGGACGCAACGGUGGCAUGUUGGGGCUUCCACGCUGGCGAGCCUGGCAACGAUUACGUGGCCUACGCGGACAUCCUCCUCGAUAUAAAAACAGUCAAGCCGAAUAUACGCCUUCGUGUGCUAGAGAUUGUGAAACAACGCUUCCUUGACGAAUGCCGCUCAGCAGGGGCACCGCGUGACCCCGAAUUCAACCAUACAGUUCGCGCACCGCUCACAACUAACAGCGACUCCAUUGCCGGGCCCCUUGCCGAGGUUUUCGCGGGGUUUUUUGGCCAGAGUUUCGUAGAUAUGCCAUUUACAAGCGCUUGUGAGGACUUUCCAAUCCUCGGCGCUGCUCAUAACAUCCCCUACGCGUAUUGGAAUUUCGGGGGUACACACCCGGACGCAGAAGAACCGGUUCCUUCCAACCACUCACCCCUAUUUGCGCCAGAGGUCAAUCUGACCUUGAGAACGGGAUCAGACGCCAUGGCGUUGGCAGCGCUAACCUUUCUGGCUUAA